CGCCGGCAGUGGCCUACACCCGGAACCGGUAGCGGCCGAGUUUGAGAGGACUCGGGGCUGCCCCAUAGAAGCAGAGGCACAGCGUGAAGGGGAAACUUCAACACUGGCAGGGACGAGAAUAAAUACCUAAAUACGGACGCGGGGACCCGCUGUUGGGACAGACACUUGAACUUCAGGAUCGCGAGGCAGUCGGGGCGGCAGGAGACAGUUCAUUUUUAAUUGAAGGAAGCUGCUUCUACUUGGGAGUGGCAGGAGAAGUGAGAGAACCACAUGGAAGACUCCCAGGAUUUAAAUGAACAAUCAGUAAAGAAAACGUGCACAGAAUCAGAUGUUUCAGAACCUCCGAAUUCCAGGUCUAUGGAAAUGCAGGACCUAGCAAGUCCUCACCCUCUUGUUGGAGGUGGUGAUACUCCUGGUAGCUCCAAACUGGAGAAAGCUAAUCUCAGCAGCACAUCAGUCACCACAAAUGGGACAGGAGGGGACAACAUGACUGUUUUAAACACUGCAGACUGGUUGCUGAGUUGCAACACCCCCUCUUCCGCAACAAUGUCUCUCCUUGCAGUCAAAACAGAGCCUUUGAACAGCACUGAAACCACAACCACGACUGGAGAUGGAGCGCUUGACACUUUUACUGGGUCAGUAAUAACAAGUAGUGGCUACAGCCCCAGAUCAGCACAUCAAUAUUCCCCACAGCUCUAUCCUUCCAAGCCCUAUCCACACAUUCUUUCUACACCAGCAGCUCAAACAAUGUCUGCCUAUGCAGGCCAGACUCAGUAUUCGGGAAUGCAGCAGCCAGCUGUCUACACAGCCUACUCACAGACAGGACAGCCCUACAGCCUGCCCACCUACGAUUUGGGUGUGAUGUUGCCAGGCAUCAAGACAGAGAGUGGACUUCCACAAACUCAGUCCCCCUUGCAAAGUGGGUGCCUCAGUUACAGCCCAGGAUUCUCCACCCCACAGCCGGGCCAGACACCUUAUUCUUACCAGAUGCCAGGUUCUAGUUUUACACCGUCAUCUACUAUUUAUGCAAAUAAUUCAGUGUCCAAUUCAACAAAUUUCAGCGGUUCACAACAGGAUUAUCCAUCCUACACAGCCUUUGGCCAAAACCAGUAUGCACAGUAUUACUCAGCAUCAACGUACGGAGCAUAUAUGACAUCAAAUAACACAGCUGACGGCACUUCGUCCUCGACCUCUACCUAUCAACUGCAGGAGUCUCUCCCAGGACUGACUAGCCAACCAGGUACAGAUCUUCAUCCAGGAGAAUUUGAUACCGUGCAGAGCCCCUCAACGCCCAUCAAAGAUCUUGAUGAGAGAACAUGUAGAAGUUCUGGGUCAAAGUCCCGAGGAAGAGGCCGGAAAAAUAAUCCCUCCCCACCUCCCGACAGUGACCUGGAGCGUGUGUUUGUCUGGGACUUGGAUGAAACCAUCAUUGUUUUCCACUCACUGCUCACAGGUUCUUAUGCCCAGAAGUAUGGCAAGGAUCCCCCCAUGGCUGUCACUCUGGGACUCCGAAUGGAGGAAAUGAUUUUUAAUCUUGCUGAUACACAUUUAUUUUUUAAUGAUUUAGAGGAGUGUGAUCAAGUUCAUAUAGAUGAUGUUUCCUCUGAUGAUAAUGGGCAGGACUUGAGUACCUACAGUUUUGCAACUGAUGGCUUCCAUGCAGCUGCAAGUAGUGCAAACCUUUGUUUGCCAACAGGUGUAAGAGGAGGGGUUGACUGGAUGAGGAAGUUGGCUUUUCGUUACAGAAGAGUAAAAGAAUUAUACAACACCUACAAGAACAACGUUGGAGGACUCCUUGGUCCUGCCAAGAGAGAUGCUUGGCUGCAGUUACGGGCAGAGAUUGAAGGCCUGACAGACUCUUGGCUAACAAAUGCACUGAAGUCAUUAUCAAUUAUUAGUACUAGGAGUAACUGCGUAAAUGUCUUGGUAACGACAACCCAACUGAUCCCAGCGCUUGCGAAGGUUCUACUCUAUAGUUUAGGAGGUGCUUUCCCCAUUGAGAAUAUUUACAGUGCAACUAAAAUAGGUAAGAAAAUUAUUUCUAACUCUGUGUGGAAUGUGUUCACGUAUGUGUUUUGGGAGAUGUUCUUAAUGUGUGUCUCUUGCAUCAAUUUUGCUGUUAGAAUACCAAGCAAAUUUGGAUAG